GUUAUAAACAUUACGAUUUACGAGUAAUGUGAUUUAAAAUAAAUUUAUUAUUUUAUAGUUAACAGUUAAAACUAUUAAAACAUUUUUUAGUUUAAAUUAUAAAUAAUCUUUUAAGUACAAAGGCUAACGGACAAUUAUUAAAAAUUAAAAUGAAUCCAUUAACUAAUAUGAGAAAUGUGAAAAAACUCAGUGAACAAGAAUUGCAACGACUGCCGAAAAGUUCAUGGCACGAUGAAUAUAAAUCAAGUGCAUGGAUAUUUGUUGGUGGAUUACCUUAUGACCUUUCUGAAGGCGAUGUCAUGUCUAUAUUUUCUCAGUAUGGAGAAAUUACUAACCUAAAUUUGGUACGGGAUAAAGACACUGGCAAACAGAAAGGAUUUUGUUUUGUAUGCUAUGAAGACCAAAGAAGUACAAUAUUAGCAGUAGAUAACUUUAAUGGUACACGGGUACUAGGUCGAAUAUUACGUGUUGAUCAUGUUAAAGAUUACAAACCACCAAAAAACUCAGAACCCACUAACAAAAUUAAAACUGAAAAAUUUGAGAAUGAUGAUGUUCAGAUUAAAACUGAAUUUAAAACAGAAAUUAAAGAGGAAAUUUUAUCACCACAGUUUCAAAGAACAAUUCGCACUCCAGAAAUCAAACAAGAAGUUUGUACUCCAGAAAUAAAACGAGAAGUUUGUACUCCAGAAAUAAUUAGAAGUCCUGAUUAUAAAAGUAAUAGAGCAAUUCAAAAAUCUAAAGAUAAAAAACGGCACCACAGGGAUAAAUCUAAAGAAAAAGAUAAUAUGCGCUUUAAAUCUCAAAGAGAAGGGUCAAGAGAAAAGUAUAAAAAAAGACAUGACAAAAGUGAACAAGAUUCUAGGAAAGAGAAAAGUUAUAAACAUUCCAGACACAGUCAAAGUCAAGAGAAGGAUUCUAGGAGAGAGAAAAGUUAUAAACAUUCUAAACAUAGUCAAGAAAAGGAUGUUAGUGUAAGUUCUAAAACUAAAUCAUCUAAAGACUACAGUAGUAGAGAUAAAUCAAGAGAAAGAGAUAGAAUGAAGAUAAAAGACAGAAGAGAAUAUAAUAACAAGGAUUAUGAUGACAACUAUAAAAGAAAUAGUAAUCAAAAAGAUGACAGGAAUUAUAAAAAACAAAAAAAGUAUUAAAAUUCUAUGUAAAUAUAAUGUGAGUUUUUAUCAAAAUCAAUACUUUUUUUAUUUGACAACUA